CUUAUCUCCAUGUAUUCAUUAGCCUCAUCUGUUUUCUCUGCUGCAGAUGUGUAACAUCCCCUACCUGAGCACACAACUCGACCUGCUUUUGACUUUGAGAGAGCUCCCGAUCAGCAUGAACGACCUGCAGCCUCUGAUUAACCAGAAGAUCAGGAUGUGCCAACAGCUGUACAACUGCAGGUCAUUUGUCUCCGUGCUGGAGUACCUCCUCGCUAUCGGCAAUUACCUGAAUGAGAACGCUGGAAAGGAAAAGGCCAAGGGAUUCCGCCUCUCGUCUUUAACCAAACUUUCUCAGCUGCGUGGGAAGGACAGGAAUUUCACCUUGCUCCAUGCCCUUCUAGAGCAGAUCAUGUUGCAGGAACCAGGCUUGGCCACUUUUACCCAGGACAUGGCGGAAUUUGAAACUGUCCCUGGAGCUUCCAUCAAAGGCUUGACGGCAGAAGUAGACGUACUGAAGAAUGAAGUCCAGAAAGUUAUUCAAUACAGAAAAACCAUUAAGAAGAGAGACAUUGGAGCUCAUCACCCACACUUCUCUAAAGAUCUUAAGACGGUAAUUGAGAAGUACAACGCGCAGCUCGAGUCGCUGACGAAGACCUGCGACGAGAUGAAGAAGCUCUACUCUGUCAUACUGGUUAAAUUUGGAGAACCGCCGGAUCAGGACUCCCAGGAGCUGUUCGGGAUGAUCUGUCACUUCCUCCAUGACUUUAGAAGGGCACACGCUGAAACUGUUUGAGUUCAAACUGUGGGAGUAGAAAUUAGGGAGGCAGAAGGUUUAUGGGGCUUAUUUAACUGACACUCUGAUCCCAAUGUAGUGGGUAUGCUUGAUUUAAAAACUGUUUUUUUUUUUUUUUUUUACAUAAAAUUACCUCCAAUUUGAGUUGUUGUUGAUUAUAUAAUCAAUUACAAAUCCAGAUCUGUUGUUUUAGUACAAAGUAUAACAGAGGUGGGGACUGGAGUCAGUUAUUAAAAUCACUUUAGACUUGACAGAAAAAAAAAAAAAAUCAGACUUCCUAAAAUUUUACCUAAAAUCAAAUACCUAAAAUGCUCCUAAGUGAAAAAAAACAACAAAAAAACAUCUGAGUUUGUGAUUUCUUCUUUAGCAUUUCGGAUCAUCAUAAGGGAAAUGUUAUUUUGUUUGUUUCUUUAAAAGGAUCAUUAAGUUCCCUUUGUGUCAUUUUACAUCCUGAGAGCACAAGAUAAAAAAAAAUGGAAUAGAGGGCCCUGUACCAAUUGUGAUAGCACAAAAUAGAGAUUUAUUUUUUUUUUAUACAAGCCUCACAUUAGUAUGUGAAUAAGUUAUCAGGAUUUUUUGGCAACUUUCAUUCAGGAACUAUUGUUGCAGGAAGAUCUUAGGAGGGAUUUUAAGAGCUGUGCAGUUUUAAUGGCCUUUUUCAAGAUGUCAUAGUUGGUCAAAUAUAGAACAGAAAAAAAAAAAGUCAAGCAAGGAGAAUCUUUACCGCUGUGGAUAAAUUUAAAAACAGACAUCCUCACACACCAUGUAAACAUCUAAUAAUCCUGUUAAUGUACAUUAAAUCCUACUACAAAAAGAAAAGGCUUGAGUUUUUUUCUAAUUCUCAGAAGCACACUGGAAAAAAAUUGAAAUCUAGAUAGCCUAAGUCAUUUUUUUCUUAAAAUAAGUGCAUUUUCUCUUGGUUUGGGGAGGUAAAAGAGACCUUUUGCCAAUGGAACAAGACAAUUUACUCUUAAAGUAAGAAAGCACAAUUGUAUUGUCUUAUUUCAAGUGCAUAUUAUCUAAUUAUCUUAUUUUAAGAGCAAAAAUACUCAUUCCAUUGGCAAACUAUCUCAUUUAUCUACUCAAGUUAAGGGUAAAUGCACUUACUGUAAUUUAAGAUAUUUUUACUUAUUUCUAGAUCGUUUUUCUAGUGCAGAGUUAUUAACUAAAAGAAAGAAGGGCCACACUGAUUCCACAUCAUUUUGUGAUCAUGACAUUUAAAGAGAUAUUUUACAUUCUUCAAAUGAGAUUCUGGCCAGUGGAAGUAGAGGCUGGACAGCCAGACUAAUUUACACUGCGUAUGCGGCAUGUUAGUCUAGAGGGUAUAGCCUAAUUCCAAAGGCAGGAAUAAAACCGUCUGCAGAAACAUUUAGAAAGAAUCGGAUAAAUACAAA